CUCAAUUAUAACUCAGCAACCAAGUGUCAAUGAAUGCGAUGACAAAAUCUGUUGCAAAGAAGUCCAAUCAUCUGAUCAUCACUAAUAAUUAACAAAAAGCCACAAAAUGGCAUUCACUAAAAGCCUAAUCUUCCAUUGCUUGAAAUUGACUAAUCCUCUACUGAAGAACAAGCACAAUACAUUUUUUAGACAACCAGAGUUGAUAUUCAAUAAUAAUAAUAGUAAGGAUAAAUUCUUCAGUACUAUGACAUGACCAAAUAGGAAUGCAUCUCAAUUCUAUUAUCUAUGUUUAAUGAUUUUUAAGAGACUAGAUGUAAUAAUCUAUCACUAUUUGUAGUUCAGCGAUGUCAAAAAGAUUCAAUAAAUGAGUUAUUAGGAGAACUUAUAGUAAUCCUUUCUUAUACUUUUCUAAUACAAUAAUAUAACACUUAAUCAACCAAAAAAUAAUCUGUUGUGGCCAUCACUAAAAACGAAAUUCAGUUGCUAUUAGCUGAACUAAAGACCAAAAAUAACUUUUAAAUGAUCAAGAAGAAGCAGCAAAUAAACUUUUUAGUUAGUUUUGAUGUUUCUAGAAUAGAUAUGAAACAUAAUAGAAGAGAGUUCUUAGAUAAUGAACUGAGUUUUAUUUGUAAUUUUGAAUAAUAGGAAUGA